CUGAACGAGGGAGAAAACAAGGAACAGGUGGAACUAAUGAGUAACAACACAUGGGUAACUAUGGCAACUAAACACAGUCAGGAGUUUCCCAGAUCCGUGAGGAACAGCGUCUGACAGGAGUGUGUGAAGAAGCAUCAGCGGAUCUGCAGGUCGGACAGAUGCUUGAAGAGAAGAAGAGUUAGACAUCAGCGGUUCAUCUGCAAAAACUGAAUCUAAAUGUUUUGAGUGCUGAUCUGAGUAUAAUAAAAGACCUUGUCGUUUACGAACAACACAUCAUCCAUUGAUUUUGGAGAUGUUCCUCUUAAACAUGGUGUUUGUGUUGGCAUUCCUGCUCCUGUCUCCUCCAGUCCUCUCAUCGGGAGCUCAGGAUCUCAGAUCCCAGCCGGUGAAGGUCAUUAUCUCGGACACAUGUGUUCAGGACGGGUCUGGAGAGAAAGAGAUGCUCCUGGAGCCUGGGUCUCCUCUGGUCCUGACCCAUCGGAUCCGGCUGGUGUCCGGCUCGAGCUCGGACACCGGCUCUGGCUGUCAGUGCGAGCUGGACUUUGCAGCGUUGCGGGAGCGAAUGGAAAGACUGGAGAAGGAGGUGUCAGAUCUAAGGGAGAAAUGUGGAGGUCCGGAUGGAUGCUGUUCCUCCCAGCAGAGCAAAGGUUUGGUCUGCACCACCGGUCGUCCCGAGACUGACGAGUGUCCCGAUGACUGCAGUGACCAGGGCCGGUGUGUGGACGGGAAGUGUGUGUGUUUCCCAGGAUUCAGCGGGCCUGACUGCAGUGUCCCGGACUGUCCUGGAGACUGCAGUAACAGGGGCCGGUGUGUGAACGGACAGUGUGUGUGUGACCCGGGCUUCUCUGGGCCGGACUGCUCUGGGAAAACAUGUCCGGAGAACUGCAACAACCGCGGCCGGUGUGUGAAUGGGAAGUGUGUGUGUGACUCUGGAUUCGCGGGUCAGGACUGCUCUGUGAAAACAUGUCCUGAUGACUGCAGCAAACGAGGACAGUGUGUCGAUGGAAAGUGUGUGUGUGAGAGCGGGUUCACAGGUCAGGACUGCUCGUCCAGAUCGUGUCCUGGAGACUGCAGUGACCGGGGCCAGUGUGUGAACGGACAGUGUGUGUGUGAGAGCGGCUUCACGGGUCCGGACUGCUCGUCCCAGGCCUGUCCCAGUAACUGCAAUAGCAAAGGCAGGUGUGUGAACGGCAGGUGUGUGUGUGAGAGCGGCUUCAAGGGUCCGGAUUGCUCGUCCAGCACGUGUCCUGGAGACUGCAGUGACCGGGGCAGGUGUGUGAACGGCAGGUGUGUGUGUGAGAGCGGCUUCACGGGUCCGGACUGCUCGUCCAGCACGUGUCCUGGAGACUGCAGUGACCGGGGCAGGUGUGUGAACGGCAGGUGUGUGUGUGAGAGCGGGUUCACAGGUCCGGACUGCUCGUCUAGAUCGUGUCCUGGAGACUGCAGUGAUCGGGGCCGGUGUGUGAACGGACAGUGUGUGUGUGAGAGCGGGUUCACGGGUCCGGACUGCUCGUCUAGAUCGUGUCCUGGAGACUGCAGUGAUCGGGGCCGGUGUGUGAACGGACAGUGUGUGUGUGAGAGCGGGUUCACAGGGCCCGACUGCUCGUCCCAGGCAUGUCCCAGUAACUGCAAUAGCAAAGGGAGGUGUGUGGAUGGGAAGUGUGUGUGUGACGUGGGCUUCUCCGGUCAGGACUGCUCCAGCAAAACCUGCCCGAACAGCUGCAGUGACCGGGGCCGGUGUGUGAGGGGCCGGUGUGUGUGUCGACGGGGCUUCACGGGGGCCGACUGCAGCGAAUGCCAGUCUGGGUUGACAGGGGAGAACUGUGACACCGCGCUGUCGGCCGUGUCUCGUCUCAGCACCAGAAACAUCUCUGAGUCCUCCGUCACACUGUCCUGGACUCCAGCAGCCGUGCAGUACGACACCUUCAUCAUCAGCUUCACCAGCACGAAAGAAACGGAUCAGAAAAUAAUCUCCCGGAUCAGCGGAAGACUGAACACAUACACUCAGGUUGGACUGGCCGCCGGUCAGGAAUACAUGGUCAGUGUUACUGGAGAGAAGGAUGGCAUGAUGGGAACGGAGAGCACAACACAGUUCACCACAUUGGUCUCCGGGCCGAAAGACUUGCACGUUGUGAAGACGAGCACCACAACAGUCGUUGUCCAAUGGGAGAAGGCGCAGGGGGAGAUUGACAGGUACGUCCUCUCCGUUGCACCCAAUCAGACGGAAGGAUCCGUCAGACUCCCGGAGAUGAUCCUGGCGCCGGAGAGGGAUUCGGCCCGGAUCCAGGGCUUGCAACCGGGACGCUUGUAUGACAUCUCAUUGGUGGCAGAGAGAGGCAGUGUUCGGAGCCGGCCAGCAACCGUACAGGCCACUCCUGGCCCGGAGCCUCCGUCGGAUCUGGUCUUCAGCGAUGUGACCGACAGCUCCUUCACCGUGUCCUGGGCCAAACCCAAGAGCAAGGUGUCCGGAUUCAAGAUCACACACACUCACGUACAAGAAGGUGAGCCGGUCUCUGUCAGUGUGGACUCGGAGACGCUCCGCCUGGAUCUCGCUCCGGUGUCUCCCGGCUCCUCAUACGAGGUCAGCGUGGCGUCGGUGCUCGGCCGAGACGAGAGCGACUCCAUCACAGACACCGUGACCACCCUGCCGGAUCCUCCAACAGACCUGCGGGUCAUAAACGUCACCGACAGUAAAGCGCUAUUGCUAUGGAGACCCGCCCUGGCAACCGUCGACCAUUACAUCAUCGAGUACAGCUCGGACGCAGCCCCUGGGAUAACCAUGGAAGUGUCCGGAAACGCAGCAGAAGAGCAGCUGCAGGCGCUGAGGUCCUCGACCCGGUACAGCGUGAGCAUCCAGAGCCGACUGAGAGAUCUGAGCAGCUCCAGGGCCACCGCAAGCUUCAGCACCACAGGUGCCGGUAAAACAGUGGAAGGUCCUCGUGAUCUGAAGGCCAGUCAGGUGACGCCUCGCACUGCACUGUUGUCAUGGAAACCGCCUGUCUCCGCCAUCACUGGUUACAAGCUGAGCUACUUCACAGACGGCCAGGAGAUCCAGGAAGUGACGGUCGAUCCCACAGUGACGGAGCUGAACCUGAGCCGGCUGAUCCCGUCCUCCCGAUACACAGCUGUCCUGCGGGCCGAGAGCUCCUCCACAACCGUCUCCACCGACUUCAGCACCGGGAAUCUCCGGUUCCCGUUUCCCGCUGAUUGCUCCCAGGAGCAGCAGAACGGAGCGCAGGAGUCAGGGAUCGUGGAUGUGUUUCCGCAGGGCCGGGAGGGAAAGGCUCUGAUGGUUUACUGUGACAUGGAGACGGACGGAGGCGGCUGGACGGUGUUUCAGCGGAGAAAGGACGGGAAGACGAACUUCUUCAGGAGCUGGCGGGAAUACAGCAGUGGAUUCGGAGCGCUGGAUGGGGAAUUCUGGCUCGGGAACGAGCUGCUUCAUAACUUCACUAAAGCGAGUCCAGUGGCCCUGAGAGUGGACCUGAGAGCCGGAGACGAGGCCGUUUACGCUCGUUACUCCUCGUUCUCCGUUGACAGUGCAAGGAAACACUUUACCAUCAGAGUCUCUGGAUACUCGGGUACAGCUGGCGACGCGAUGUCAUACCACAACGCGCGCCCGUUCUCCACGCAUGACCGAGACCCGCAGCCCUUCAUCACGCGCUGCGCCAUGUCUUACCGGGGCGGCUGGUGGUACAAGAACUGCCACGAAGCGAACCUCAACGGGCUGUACAACACCAACACCAACCACCAGGGAGUGAUCUGGACGCAGUGGAAAGGCAAGGAUUUCUCCAUUCCCUUCACUGAGAUGAAGUUCCGGCCCUCUUCGUUCCGGCCCUGAACACUGCAGCGGGACACACACACACACACACACACACACUCCACCACCAUCACGUCGAGGCUGUUUAUGUGUAGCCGUAUAUUGUAUUGUACAGUGGUGACGUCAUGCACUGCCCUCUUCAAGCCAGAGUCGUAUAUCAGCUUGAACUAUCAGAGUCUGUUUGUAUUCAUAUUGCAUUGUAUCAUAUUUCAGUGUCACUCAGAAUGAUUUCGUAAAAUAAAAAAAGUUGUGUAA